AUGCAAGAACCGAUGAAAAAAGGGGCACAGGAAGGACUGGUACGGGUCGAUGCUCCGGAUGUGGAAAUUUUAGUAAGCAAUGAUCGGAAUACCAGUAUGCUUAUCAAACAAAAGGCUGCCUUAGCUAGAUACAGCCGCCAAAGACUAAUAACGCCAGCAGGCACGGAAAAAUUAAUUUCAGGUUUGCAGUAUCUCUACAAUGCCUCAAUCAAAAGCCGACUCAAGGACGUACAAAUGAUAGCGUGCCGAACAGGCACGCGGAGCAGUAUGGAAAAACCUAUAGUAUCGAGGUCGAUGAGAGCGGAGCAACGUCAGAAUAACGAAAGGACGCAUGUGAGGAUUCGUCGGUGGCCAGAUGCAUAUCGCAACUUACCACAGCAAGGGCGAGCUUGA